AAUAAUAAUAAAAAUAAUAAAAUUACCCUGAGAUAGCAUCGCCGCGACCGUAGCCGACAACCGCCCCAUCACCGCCUCCGGCUUGUCACCAACGGCUCCUCCGCCCACGCCACACCAUCGAUCCCCGCAGGCGCCACCCGUGCACCUCUUCCCCCAGAUCUGCCACCAUCUCACCGCUGCGCCGGCCCAAGCCCCAGUGGGCGGCGCUCAUUCGGGACGCAACCUCUGAUAGCCCAGCCUGCAGUCUCGGCAGCCGAGUCGCGAAUCCUCAGUUCGCCCCAAUCCGAACCAGAGAAUUUCCAUUCCGGACCAACCCUCGUUGGCUUGUUCACCAUACGAGAAAAGGUGGCUUCCGAAGGAGAUUGAGUCUCUUCCGUUGUCAAACCGGAGCCGAGAUCUCCUAGACCUUGGCCCCCAUCCUGCCUCAGGAAUGCCGAGCGGUGGGAGUUCACUAACUUUUGGGUUCUUCACUUCUGCGUUUCUCCGUUUCGGUCUAGCAACCUUCUUGCACUUCUACUACGUCACAUCUCUCACGGUGCCAAGUUCUAGCUGUUACGCCUUGGAUAAUACUAGUCGCCUUGUUGAUUUUACUGAGUGGACUGGCCAUACUUUUGAAUAUGAUGGAAAGGAUGCUGAUUUGGUGGUUCGAUUCUGCAAGGAUGUGGAGCGCUGUUCUCAAGCGGGAUAUAUAGAUUUUGGCCGUUAUGAAACUUCAAACUAUUUUGCAGCUGGUUCAGCACCAGUAGACUUUGUUCAGGGGUAUUACAAUGGAGACUUGCAAAAUUGUGAACAUAGUUUUGACCAAAUGGGUCGUAUAUCUCAGGUAGAUAUUAUAUGUGGAAGUUGCUUAAAUGGAGCAUGUACAGGGCAAUCUGGUUGCAUAUGUAGUGUAAGCUAUGAUGAAUCUCUAUGCAGGGUGCAUGCUCAACUAGCAAUUCCAUGCACUAAUCGUGGUUCUCGAGUAUUUGAAGGUUUUACUGUUGGUUUUCAUCCUCGCUCAUGGGAAAUUGUGUCCAAUGGAAUGACUCAACUAGGAUACGAGAAGCUUCAUAAUGAAUUCAGUUUUGGUACUGAACAGACACAUGUAUCUCUAUAUUUGACAGCAAAAUUCAGCCUUUCUGGUCUUGUAAGAAAACCACUCAUCAAGGUUAACCCAGAUAAAGGGCUAGAGGUCAAGUUGACAGGUUCAGCAGAAAAUGGCAGAGCCCCUACAACUUUAUCACCAACAGUUCUCAAUAUAUAUUGGAGAUGUGAAGUAGCUCGUGACACUCCUUAUGAAAUCGAGAUUAUGGUACCAGUGGAUGGCUAUGAUCCAAUUGGAUUCACCCUGACAAAGCUAUGCGAUUAUAGGCAAGAAAGAGAGGAUGAUUCUACUAAUGGAUGGGCUACAUUUGGAGUGCUUUCUUGCAUCUUCAUUGUCUCCUCUAUGAUUAUUUGCUGUGGAGGGUUUUUCUACAAAUCCCGUGUAGAACAUCAGCAUGGUCUUGAUGCCUUGCCAGGAAUUACAGUCCUUUCUGCACUUCUGGAUAAGGUAUCUGGAAGUCGUAGCUAUAGACUAGGAGAUGUAGAUAGCCAUAAUUUUGCAAAUCAGACAUCUUGGGAACGCCCAUCUGCUUCAGCACAAGGAAACCCAAGGACAGAGGAGACUAGAUAUGGGUCAAUCUGAUAAAAAAAGCAUUGAUGACUAGAUUCACUAGUCCAGAAAAAAUGUACAUGAAAAUUUGAGCUGGGAAGCUGAAUGGCGACUGUACACUCUGGAUAUUCCCUCGCGAAAUGAUAAAGCAGUUCCGAAGUUGCACUUGAAUCCCAUUUUUUUGGCAAGUUUCCAACUUGACUCAAUUGCAUUAGUUUUUUAACCCAUCCUUCAAUGGCGUGCACAUUGUAUUGCACGCUUACUUUAUCAAGAGGUUAUAUUAGAGCAAGCUUUAUGAUAUAGCUUUUUUAUUUAUUUUUCCUUUGGUUUGUUUCAACAAAACUUGUGGAAUUCUGAUAUACUUGGAGAUAUGGAAAUCAUGGGCAUUAUGCUAA